AUGGACAUCACGAACAUUUCAUUCCCGACACCUCAUGUGACGCCAGAGGCAGUCACUGAUAACAUCCUCCCAUUCUACGUGAACAUAAAUCGCCAGAGGAUCAAUCCUCAGAAGGACUGCCUCUUAUUCAAGCUCUCGGCAGAGAUACGACAGCAGAUCUACGAUUAUGUUUUUCAAACUGAGCCCAACAAAGGCAAGAAGUACCCGCUCAGGAGGUCUUGGAGGAGGCCAGGUUUUGAGGCCCCUCCGCAUGUCCACACCAAUUUGCUCCAGACCUGCAGCCUGAUCUACUCCGAGUGCUGGGCGAUCCCCACACUGAACACUACCAUGAUCAUCCACGAGGGAUCCGAACAGGACCGGAUUCCCAGUGACCCCAUGGCCGCGGCGACCCAUCCGUCGCAGCUGCUGCUUGGCCUCCCAGCCUGGCAGGUUCUCCUCCUCCAGCACGUCCACAUCACUCUGACACAAUUUCAACUCGAGAACGGCGCUCUUGAGUCUUGGCUCUCGACCUUGCACAAGGCGAGGUCGUCAGCCGGAUACUACGUUCAACGCUUCAUCAAACAAAAAUGUUUCAACACGCCCCAGCUGCAAACUUUUGCCAAGACUGGCCUUAUGGACGUGAAGAUCAGAUCUCUCACGGUCAGGAUCAACCGCCAGGACUGGUGGUUCUGGGACUACGAGCCCACUGGGAAGGACGACGAUCUAAUGAGCGAGGCCGAGGCCGAGGAUGAAGAACCCGAAUACAUCCUCAGUCUGCCGCAGCCGCCGUCACCCUAUUCCGUCAAGAGCUUUGACAAACUCCACCCUUUUGCCAACAACUUCCAGAUGACCUUCGCUCUCGAGACCUGGCGCGGCAAGUUGUGGGAGCUAGACGACAUCUUUGAAGCUCCCGGACCCGACGGCGAGGACGACACUGAGGACAAGCCCAACUUCAUGGUGUGGGAUGGCAAGAUCCGCCAGGAGAGCUGGGAGAAGGGCAAGGGCGACCACGGAAUUUGGUGGGUGACCCAGCCCGAAUUCGAAGAAGAUGCGAGGAAGAUUGAGGUGCGAUACAUCCGGUUCGUCCAGGAGCGCUUCGUCGAGCCCGCCAAGAACCCGCGCAAGAGGAAGUGGACUCGGCCUCCCCGCAUUGAGGAGUUUUAA